AUGGAGGUUGCUGCGACGACUCCGACGCAUGAGCUGGUCCCACAGCUGCAGUUUCCUCCUGGCUACCGCUUCGUGCCGACCGAGGAGGAGCUCGUCGACGCCUACCUCCGCGCCAAGAUCGAGGGCCACAAGCUUCCCCUCGCCGUCGUCAACGACGUCUCCAUCCUCGAAUGGCAACCCGGCAGACUCGUCGAGGAGUACAAGGGGUACGGCGAGAACAGGUGGUUCUUCUUCACGGUGCGGGAGCAGUCGUCGUCGAACAAGGAGAAGGAGCCCAGCCGGAAGGUGAGGGUGAAGGGCGUCACGGCGACAUGGAAGGCCACGGGGAGCGUGCAGCUCAUCCGGCGGGCGAGAUCCAAGGACGGCGACGGGAACAAAAAGGUGGUCGUGGGCACCAAGAGGGUGCUCAUCUACAACUCCAGCGACACCGCCGAGAACGGCAAGUGGAGCAUGCACGAGUACUACAUCCUCAAAGACCACGCCGCGAUUGGGCAGUAUGCCCUGUACUCGAUCCAAAGGAAGCAGCACUCGGACACCGAGGGCAACGACGACAUGGAUCCAGAGAAUAAGAAGAAGAAGACUAGAAAGAGGAAGAGGACGGAGACGGAGACGCCUUCUACCGAACUGGAGGGAAUGCAGCUGCCGCACCCAGAGACGACAACACUGCUCGCCGAGCCACCAUUGAAGCCAACAAGGAAGGCCAAGGUCCAGAGGAAGAAGAAACCAUCAAUGCAAGUUGGAGUUGAGGGAGAACAGCAGCAGCAGCAGCAGGGACAGUCACUGAUGGAGCCAGUGACGCCGCCCAAGAAAGAUGAGCUAGCGCCGCGGCAGCAAGAAGGACGACAACAGCCGGCGCCGCCGGCGGCGGACGGUGCGCCGGCGCCGAUCGUCCUCUCCGCCGUGCCACUGCAGGCUGUACGCGUGUGCCCACCAUCGGAACCGGACGGAACGCUCGGAGCUUCCGCGCCUAAGCCCAAAGAAGACACGCCCGACGACAUGUCCCAGCUCCUGGCACUGCUCGGUUACCCUGCCAUGUUCUGCAACAACCAAGGUCAGGAGCAGUGGCCACCGAGCUUGACAGGCAGUACGGCGUUCCUCGCCGCACCAGACACCAACGUCGUCGUUGGCCAUGCUCCGCUCCAGCCCUACCAGCAACAGGAAGAUGGCUACAGCUUGUUCGGAAUGCAGAACCAGCAUCUCUUCUUGGGAGAGAACCAGAGUGUUUACAUGAAGCGGGGAUGGCAGCACGCUGAUCUGUUACUCCCAGACAACAACACCACGCAGACGAUGAACAGCGGCGGCGGCGGCUGGGAGCAUGCGUGGUAUGCAUCAGUGUUCAUUAGCAAGUCUGUUAGUAUUCAUCAGUGUUUUAUGUGGUAUGCAUGCGUUACGGCUAUAGUAUUGCUGCUAUUUCCUCAAGUUCAUUAG